GCACUCCCUUCCUUCAGGUACGGGGUGACAGUUGCAUGGAGGCUCUCCCGUGCUUGAGAGUCGUUCUUUUUGGGUGUUCGUGGCUACGUAGAUGCCUUACAUACGUCGUGCUUUUUUUACGACGCGGGUGAAGUGAAGGACAACUGCAGUGACGCGAUGUCUCGGUGUCCAGUGCUGAUGCUUGCAGAUUGUUAGCUACUAGAAGCAAGAGGGAAAUCUGUCGAGUAUGGUCAGCGUAUGGCACCCAGAUGGCCAUGAUGUAGGCCACGUGGCCUCUCUUGUGGCCAUGUCCCUCCUCACCGCCCUCUCGCUGCUGGCCAACCUGCUGGUAACGGCGGCUGUGCUAGGAAGCCCGCAGCUCAGGACAACGUGGAACAACUGCUUUGUCUUGAAUCUGUGUCUGACGGAGGCGGCUGCUGCGGUGGUGGUGCUGCCGCUCUCCGUCACCGCCUUCUUCAUCGAGCCCGAGGAGCUGGCCCCGGGACUCUGCGUCUUUGCGCACUUUUUCCACUCCUGUCUGGUCAACGUCAUUACCUGGACGCUCUGUCUCAUAAGCGUGGACAGGCACUACUUGAUCCUGAUGCCCAUGACGCACGCCGCGGAGGUGACGCUGUUCCGGGCGCUGGUAGCGAUCCUGGUGGUGUGGGCCGUCAGCGUUCUGCCUGCGGGUUACCUGAUCGUGACUGCAGAGCCAUGGCGUGGAGGCACCGUGUGCUGCGCGUGGGGCCUCGGGGUGUCCUCGUCCAAUACAGGUUACGUCCUAACUGUGGCACUCCUGGAGUUCCUAAUACCUGCCCUCACUAUGCUCUCCAUGUACGCGUCUAUUUUCAGGGUCGCCAAGCGUGCGGUGAGACGCGUGGUUCCCGUGACAACUCAAGUACGAACCAUCAGCGAGAGAGUGGCGAGCAAGGAGGAGCCUCUCGUCGCCAGGAGCAUCUUCUCCCUUCUCCCGGCAGUCCAGGAAACCGCUUUUCCCUUAGGCAAGGAAGCCGUGAGCAAAACAAAAGCGAACGACCGUACGGCAGAGCAGAGCAGGGGAGGCGUCUUUGGGCUGAUGUCGCCGUUUCUGAGCCACGAGGCUGAGGAGGCGGCGUCCGUUUUAACGCCGAUAGACGGGCUCUUGGACAGUGUGACGUGGGUGGCCGGCACGCCCACGCGCACCUCGCCCUCCACAUCCGCCACGCUCAUGCUCACCGCCACAGCCUCCUUCGGGGAAUCCUACCCUAAAGCGAAGCUCGGAAAAAUGGCGAGUAACUCCGGACCACGCGGAGCUUCUGGCCAAGGCAAGGCCAAAAAAGCUGCCCGGACCCUUCUGCUGGUGGUGGGGACCUUCUGGAUCCUCUGCGGCCCUUACUACAUCUUCAACACGUACGUGGCUCUAGCGCACCUGGCUCCCGACGCGUAUAGCUGGCCAUCCUACCGCAUCCUCCCGCGGCUUAGUGCGCAUGUUCCUCUACGGACAUGUCCCCUAUGUCCACUUGGAUAUGGGACCAACUUCAACUUUUUGGAGACGUUGAAUAACUACGUUUACGGCACAAUAAUAAAACGAUAUGAAACGAUAAUGUUAAUUAAGCCUCCACCUAAUCGCAGCGAAGCCAUGGAGGAAGGUUUGAAGUUGCUAAAGGUGGCCCUCGAAGAGCGGAGGAGCGUCGAAGUGACACUCAAGCAGCUGGAACAGACGCUGAACUACACCCUUCAUAACGCUAGUCUGCCUUGUAGGAUCAGCUCUCAGGUGGGCGGGGAAAAGGCGCAGGUACUGGAGACUUUGGCUCAUCUCACAGAAUGGCUCCUCUAUGGCUCCCUCCUCAUCAACCCUUUCCUAUACGGACUCCUCAAUCGAGCCAUUCGGACGCAGCUCUUUCGUCUGAUGGCGGGCGCCUGGAAUGCCUGCUGGGGGUGCGGCCGCGACAACAAGAUCACGCCUUCGGAUGCCUUUGUGUCGGAGGACGUGAGUGAGGCCGAAGGUGUGGUGGAUGACCUGCCCGGCCAAGACCAAGAGAGCCUCGAGAACAUCCUGGAGUUCCUUCAGAGGACUGCAGACAAAGGUCAAAUUGCCAAGGACAAGAUCAUUGAAAGGUAUCCUAAGUUAAGAAUAAAAGUACUGAAGAUGGAACCGUCAAGAAAUAUACUAGAUGUUUCCAGCAACUGUCCCUCAGUGCUGUGA